AUGGCAAAGGGCCUUCUGACAUCAUUUGGUUGUGUUCUCAACAAACCUACCAGAUUGAGAGGCAGAGCAAGAAAACUGAUUCAUAUUCCUGUGAAAGUAAUUCACAACUCUGCAAAGGAAGGUGUCAGGAGAAAACUGGGAUACAGAGAAAUAAAUGAUUCAGACCCCCUCAUGGACAUGCAGCGAGAGCCUGACUUACAACCUGACCCGCUGCAAGAACCCCAGCCUGAACACAACACAGAUGCUGACCCCAUGCAAGAACCCCAGCCUGAACCCAACACAGAAGCUGACCCCAUACAAGAAUCCCUGCCUGAACCCGACAAAGAAGCUGACCCCACACAAGAAUCCCUGCCUGAAUCCAACACAGAAGCUGACCCCAUACAAGAAUCCCUGCCCGAGUCUGAAACACACCCUGAACCACUGCCUGAAGAAUAUGAUACCCAGAAUGAAUCCCUUCCACAAAAUCCAGAACCUGAACCAAAGCGCCAACCUGACCCCAUUCCAGUGCCUAAAUCAAAGCUUAUAAGCCAUCUGGACAUUUUGACAGUUAAAGAGAAGGAGAUGGACAUCUGCCACAAAUGCAGAAAGCAGGGUAGAAUUGGACAGUGCUGGGUGGGUUGUGAUGGCUGUGGUCUGUGGUACCCCAAAACCUGUGCUGCCAUAUCCGCAGCCAUUUACAAGAGACUUCAAGCAUGGAGUUUGGACUGGUUUUGUGAUGUUUGUAAAAAAGAGUGA